GCAUUUCAUGCCGCAGCUAACUUAAAUGUUAAGUACUACUUGACUUCAGAUGACUUCAAUAUCCCUGAAGUGCAGUGGCUUCCGCUUUUCGGUCCUUCAAAGUUCGAGAACUUACUUGAGGCCGUAGAUAUUGGCAUUUGGGAUCAGAUUCCGUCCCUCGAUGAACCAAUUAUAAAUCAAGAUCUCAUCGAAGCAGCAUUACUCGAUCCGGCAUGCUCAGCGGUGAGCAGAGUUCUCGUUAUCUAUACUGGUGGUACAAUCGGCAUGAGAUCGCACGGUGGUGUGUACGAACCGGAACCAAAUUUUCUCGUCGAGACGGUCAUGGAUAUGACAAUUUUCCAGGACAAAACGUUUGCGGAGCGCAAUGCCAUCCACCUAAAAUACUAUAAAUCCGGACGACUGGGUACAGAAAACUCUGCCGCCGAAACUGCGGACGCAAAGCCCAACGGUUGGUCCACCAUCUGCAUGCCUCUGACCAUUGACAACCGGCGUAUCUUUUACACCAUUGCGGAGUACGCAAACCUGCUGGACUCCUCCAACUGUACAAUGGAUAAUUGGGUUCAGGUGGCUCAGCACAUCAACCUCUUCUACGACGAAUUCGAUGCCUUCAUUGUGCUCCACGGCACCGACACCCUCGCCUACGCUGCCUCCUGUCUCUCCUUCAUUCUAGAGGGUCUGCGGAAACCGGUGAUUGUUACGGGUUCCCAGAUCCCGAUCGGUGAGCUGCGGAGUGAUGGCAGAGAGAAUUUGAUGGGUUCUCUGCUGGUCGCCGGCGGUGGUUACCUAAUUCCCGAAGUUACUGUCUACUUUUGUAACAAGGUGGUGGGCAAAAAACCAAGAUAA